AUGGUGGAGAGAAGGAGAAAGCCUCUAAUCCUCUCCUCCACCAAAAUCCUCAUCGAUUCCGUCCUCAGUUCCUCUCCACUCAGUAGCAUUAAUAGUGAACAAAACCUUCUCCCACUCACAGCAGACAACGUCUCCCCGUCACCGAACUUACAGCUACCAGCAGGAAUUCUCCGAUUAUCCAAGGUCAAACUAGCUUCUUCUUUCGAUGAUUCUGUUCUCCUUGCCAUUUCCACUUCCAUUCUCAAGAGACUCUCGAUUACUUCUUCUUCACUGGCGCUUAUCAAGAAUGUUGAGGCAAACAUAGAAAGAGUUGCUCAGGUUGUUGCUCUAGAUCCCCCCAUAAACCAGGAGAAUGAGCUGAAAUCCGACUCGAAACUACAAGUUUCUUGUACUGCUAUGCGUUUAUUUCCUUGUUGUAUUUUUCCUCCUGCUGAUCCCUCUUUGUUAUUAGACCGCGAAAUUGCUUAUCUGUCUCCUAUCUUGGCUUUUAAUCUUGGGUUGCAUAUAUCAUGCCUAAAAUCACUUGUACGCCAAGGAGAUGAGAGUUUGGCUUCUCUUUUUGAAGUGGAUGAUGAGACUUGUUUUGAUGAGGAAGUUAGUACUAGCGGUGAGGAUUCUGCUAUCAGUGUGUGGUUGGAACCAUUGGCUCGAUUGCCGAGAUAUGCUUCACACUUGAGGGUUUCUUUUGUUAAGAUACCGGAAUGUGGUACUCUUGAAUCUCUGAAAGGAGUUUCUUCGAUUGAAGCUGAAGACCGUCAGGAGAUGAUUGAUUUGGCAUUGCAGAAAUACUUUGAAGUUGAUAGAUGCCUUGCCAGAGGUGAUAUUUUUAGUGUUCGGAUAGAUUGGAAUUGCAGUUCUAUUGUUUGUAUUCCUUGUAGCCAGAGGUCACAAGAUAGAAGUGAUAACAUCAUCUACUUCAAGGUUGUGGCCAUGGAGCCAUCAGAUGAAGCCGUUCUUAGAGUCAAUCAUACUCAAACAGCCCUUGUGCUGGGAGGGACUGUUCCUUCUGCUGUCCCUCCAGAUCUUCUGAUUGAUGGACCUAAAGGUUUUGCGCCCCUGCAAGGGGACACAGUGAAGAUUUUGGCCUCCAUACUCACACCUCCAUUGUGUCCUUCAGCACUUUCUUCCAAAUUCAGAGUUGCAGUCCUACUAUAUGGCCUGGCAGGGUGUGGGAAGAGGACUGUUGUUAGACAUGUUUCUCGUCGCUUGGGCAUUCAUGUCGUGGAAUUCAGCUGUCAUAGUCUUACAGCAUCUUCUGAUAGAAAGACAUCAGCUGCACUAGCUCAAGCUUUCCACACAGCUCAAAGAUACUCACCUACAAUUCUUCUUCUUCGCCAUUUUGAUGUCUUUCGGAAUUUGACAUCACAAGAGGGUUCACCAAAUGAUCAAGUUGGCCUCACUUCUGAAGUCGCAUCAGUUAUCAGGGAGUUCACUGAACCUGUCUCUGAAGAUGAAGACAAUUACUCUGGAGAAAAAACAAAUGAUUAUUUUCUCUUCAAGGAUGCUGGAAAAAUUAGGCAUCAGGUUCUGUUAGUUGCAGUUGCUGAGAGUUCUGAGGGUCUGCCACAAACUGUUAGGCGUUGCUUCAGCCAUGAGAUAAGUAUGGGCCCCUUGACGGAAGAACAGAGGGCUGAAAUGUUGUCCCAGUCACUGCAAAGUGGUUCUAAGCUCCUCCCUAAUACUGGGUCAGAAGAUGCUAUAAAGGACAUGGUUGGACAGACAUCUGGCUUCAUGCCUAGAGAUUUGCAUGCUCUAUUUGCUGAUGCUGGCUCAAACUUAGUCUCCAAGGGCAAUGUCCAAGUUGACAAAGACGAGCCCAAAGACUUGAACAGUUCUGUAAGAGUCCAAGCAAUGCAAAAGAAUGAAUCAUCUAAUGCCCUGCCUCAGGCUGUAGAAAAAGAAUGUUUAGCUAAAGCUUUGGAUCGGUCUAAGAAGAGGAAUGCCACAGCAUUGGGUACUCCAAAGGUUCCUAAUGUGAAAUGGGAAGAUGUUGGCGGGCUUGAAGAUGUGAAGAAAUCAAUUCUGGAUACUGUUCAGUUACCUCUAUUGCAUAAGGAGUUGUUUUCAUCUGGGUUGCGCAAGCGGUCUGGUGUUCUUCUAUAUGGUCCUCCUGGAACAGGGAAAACUUUGUUGGCAAAAGCUGUUGCAACAGAGUGUUCCUUAAAUUUUCUAAGUGUGAAAGGGCCUGAACUGAUCAACAUGUACAUCGGUGAGUCAGAGAAAAAUGUCCGAGACAUUUUCCAGAAGGCCAGAUCAGCACGCCCGUGUGUUAUAUUCUUUGAUGAACUUGAUUCUCUUGCUCCAGCUAGGGGUGCCUCAGGAGAUUCUGGGGGUGUUAUGGACAGAGUGGUUUCUCAGAUGCUUGCAGAGAUUGAUGGCCUAAAUGAUUCUACACAGGACCUAUUUAUCAUAGGGGCAAGCAACAGACCAGAUCUUAUUGAUCCAGCACUUCUCCGGCCUGGCCGAUUCGAUAAGCUGCUGUAUGUUGGAGUUAACUCAGAUGCAUCUUAUAGGGAGCGGGUCCUUAAAGCGCUUACCCGGAAGUUUGUGCUGCACCAAGAUGUCUCUCUUUACUCAAUAGCUAAGAAAUGCCCCCCAAAUUUCACUGGAGCAGACAUGUAUGCCUUGUGUGCAGAUGCUUGGUUUCACGCUGCAAAGCGAAAGGUUAUGAGUUCAGAUUCAGAAUCUUCAUCCACUGUCGAUCAAGCUGACUCUGUUGUUGUGGAGUAUAAUGAUUUCAUUAAGGUGUUGGUGGAACUGCCUCCCUCCCUUUCCAUGGCAGAACUUAAGAAGUACGAGUUGCUGCGAGAUCAAUUCGAAGGAGCAUCAAACUAA